AAAAUCUUCAAAACCGUAUCCCCACUUUUACCCCUGAAAGCCAUGGCUCCAAUUUGCCCCCCUCGAGGCAUAUAUGCACCCGUGGUAGCUUUUUUCUUCGAAGACGAGACUCUAGACAUCGAAACCUUGAAGGUUCACGUUACGCGCCUUGCUGAGGCUGGUGUGGCCGGGUUGGUGAUUCAAGGAUCUAACGGAGAGGCGCCACAUCUGCUUCAUUCGGAAAGAAAGGAGGUCAUCUCAACUGCUGCAGCUAUUCUGAAACAGAAAGGUAGACCCGAUGCUGUUAUAAUUGCUGGGUGCGGUGCUCAAAGCACCCGAGAGACGAUCCAGCUCUGCCAGGAAGCGCAAGAAUCAGGCGCCGAUUAUGCUCUUGUUCUGAGUCCAAGCUAUUGGGUCGGGGCAAUGCAGCCACCUACUAUCCAGAAGUUCUUCACGGAUGUCGCAACUGCAUCUCCCAUUCCAAUCCUGUUGUACAACUUUCCGGCCGUAACCGGUGGAAUUGACCUAGACUCUGACCUAAUAGCGAAUCUUGCAUCUUCAAACCCGAACAAGAUUGUGGGAUGCAAGUUGACAUGCGGAAAUCUCGGGAAAUUACAUCGAGUUGCUCACGAUAAACGUAUUAAGACACCGUUUGCAGCGUUUGCCGGAAAAUCGGAAUUCUUCCUGCAUGGGCUGGUAGCUGGCUCAAAUGGGCUUAUUGGCGCAGCAGUGAAUUUUGUGCCCAAGGUACAUGUGAAACUGUUGGAACUUUACGAUGCAGGAAAUCUGGCGGCAGCCCAGGAAUUGCAGACACAACUGAGCGAGACAGAUUGGGUUCUUGUUAGGUUAGGUGUCUCGGGUUUGAAAGCGGCCCUCGAAAAGUAUUACCAAUACGGAGGUGGAAGAAGUAGAAGACCGCUCAAACUAGUCGAGAGCAAUGCGUUUUCUGGAGAGAAGGAUGACAUUUUACGACACAUUGUUGAAUUAGAACAGUCCUUAUGAG